AUGUCGACCUAUCCACCCCCUCCAAUGAGUAAAGCCUGGGACAACGACGACGGCAGUGACCGUCCGUCUACGAACUCUUCCAACGAGCAACCUGAAUAUGCCGCACAUAUCCGCUCCAGGUCCACUGCCCACGCCAACAGCCCCAGGCGUUUGUCCGUUUUUAGCGGCCGUUCAAGAAGCAAUACCACCACCUCAACUUCUUCACGCCGCUCACCAGGCUCUUCGAUGACCUCCACGGAUAGUUCCAUUGUCUCCGAUGACCGGGCCGGGUCGUCAUUGGGAUUCCGCUCCGAGAAGGAUAGGCCGUCCCGGUCCCUUUUGGCGCGGGGAAGCCGCAUCCUGCGCCGGCAGGGGAGCAAGAUCAACAUUGUCGCCACGCUGGACGAGGAAGAUGAGGCCGAUCGUGAGAAGGCCCGGCCAGAGAGAGAGCUUUUUGGCCGUCGGGCCCGUAAUACAGACCACAGCGAACGCUUGAAAAGCAUUAUUUCUGAUCCUUUUGAUUUCCACCACUUGACUCAUACCAAUCCCUCGCAGUUCCAGUCUUUGGACCAGACCCGCGAGAAUGAUCUGGUCACCGAGUUCUCGGCCAUCCGAGCAUCUCAACGGCCCCAGCCUGAUCUGAAAGGUAUCCGCGCCGAGGACAUUCAUUUCCGUAAUUUCUCCAGUGAUGACCUGCGCUCGUUUGGCACUGCCACCACGGUGGAUGUGCCCAGCAUAAGCCCACCGGUUUCUCCAAAAACACGACUGUACAAUGCAAACCACGCACGCAGAGAAUCCCGCGUCAACGAGAACUUCUCGCGGCCAGUCUCCAGAUAUCCCCGAACCAGCCCUACCACUCCCCCACCUUCUGCUGUGCCAGAGCCUCCCUCACAUGGGACUGAUGAGCCGGCACCCCGUGCCAUUGACGAGAUCCUGGGCUUGUCCACGACGAUGACGUACCCAGAUCUCCAAACAGCGCAGCCAACCCGAUUUUUCAGUCCCGAACCCGAUGACCGCGCCAGGACCUCGUCCAUGAGCAGCCACUAUGAUUUGGAAGAUGUCCCCGAGGAAGAGGAAGGAACCCGAAUGUGGGACAGCCCCGAGUCCAGCAUGGAAUGCCCCCCUUCUCGCUCAGCCUUUCAAGCCAGUCCACCCCCAGCCCACACUCAGUUGCCCAGCAGCGCGCGCAAAGCUCCGGUGUCGAUCUAUGUGGCCGAGGAGCUUUCUAGGAAGUUCUCCGAGGCAUUGGGCUCGCCGACUAUCCCCCAAUAUAUUCAGAACAUGCACACCCCUCGCGCCCAGGUGCAGGUCACACCACCCGAGCCGGUCACCAGCUUGCAGCCAUCAUAUGAGGAUGAAUUGUAUGACUCAUGGGACGCAGACAUCGACUACUGCUAUGAGCACGCAGCCGAGUCCACUUCCAACUUCGAUUGGACUGGCACAUCCAUGGACGAAGGACACACUCAAGUCGGCGCAGCCUGCAGCGAGGGCCCCUGGCUCGCCCCGAGAACCCGACAGCUCCAGCCGAGCCCACUGAGCACCUCCGCCCUAGCAACCCCAGACCUGGACCCCAGCCCAGCCCAGUCAAUCCCUUCCCAGGCCCCCUCAACUGCAGACUAUGAGCAGGAGUUCAUCGCACGGAGCGGAGACUACUUCCAUCCCGUCAAUUCCUCGAUCCUCCCAUCAAUGGGGAAACCACUCUCCCACGAACCAUUGUACGAAGAGUACAUGACGACUGAUGGAGAAUCAGACCGCCACUUCCCCUUCGCGCAGGGCAUGAUGGGCGCCAUCUCCCCACGCAGCAGCUUUUCCCCGAUAAGCAAGUGCAACUCGCAAGAGAGUCUAAUGCUCUCUCGCGCAGCCUCCAUCGUGCGCAAGCACCGCUCUUCCAUCUCGACGACGAACAGCGUCCCCGAGCUCGUCCAUAGCUUGUCCAGCAGCCGCGAGCUCAUGCCAACAGACCGCAUGACCGCCGGCGAGACACUCAGCCGUCCUACAUCAUCCUCCCACCACCGCCAGACCAAGAGUCUCGCCGAGGCGCACUUCCUCCUUCAGAGUGGCAGCAGCACGAGUCUCGAGGGUGCAGAUCUUCCCAUGCCACUCCAUGACCGCGCCAAGUCCAUUUCGGAGGGCGAGCCCCUGCCGAUUAAAACCGAGGCUCCUUUGCCUCCUGUUCCUUCUAGAAACCCGAACCGUAGGAAGACCCGCUCGCCAUCUUACUCUCUCUUCCCCACAACCUCUCACUGA